AAAAAAACCAUGCGGCUGAAGCGCUGAUUUGUUGCAGUGCCAUGGGCGACGAGACCGACGUCUUGCCGGGCUCAGAGGAAGAGGAGGAGGCGGAGGAUGAUCGAAAGGAAGCCGAACGCCUGCGGAAGAGCGAGCGAAAGGAACAGAAGCGCUUGUUUGCCAAAGAGCAGAGGCAGCAGAGGAACAAGGCGCAGAAGCAAAGAAAGCAGGAGCUUCGAAAGGAAAAGUUGGAGUCGAUGUCCGCCGAGGAGCGUGCCGAGUUCCUGGAGAAGGAACGACAGGCGGGCCGCGAUCGGAAAGCCUUCCUGGAGACCUCCCUGACGGAGGCCUUUGAACGAGGUCGCCCGCGGGUAGUGGUGAACUGCAGCUUCGACCAGUCCAUGGAUGUGAAAGAACUCACAUCCCUGGCAAAGCAGAUUCAGCUGGCCUACACCCAGGCGCGCAACAUGGGCAGUAAGGUGCAGCUGCACUUGACAUCGGUGUGCCCCGAAAACCGCGCCAUGCGAGCGCUUGAGGCGCAGGGCGUGAAGAGUUGGAAGAUGCACGUGCACGAGAAGUCCGUCUGGGAAGUCUUCCGCGACGAAGCCAGGUCUGGGCAGCUGGUGAUUCUCUCGCCCGACGCCGAGGAGGAGUUGACGGAAGUCCUGGAAGACGAGAUUUAUGUCAUCGGUGGCAUCGUGGAUCGUUCCGUGAAAAAAAUGCAGAGCCUGACCCAAGCCCAAGAGUUUGGCGCCAAGAAGCUCCGGCGGCUCCCAUUGAAGACCUUCGGGCCCAAGGGCUGCUGCCCCGUGUUGAACGUGGACUGUGUGGUCCGAAUCCUUUGCGAGUGGCUGAGGGCGCGGGACUGGAGGGAGGUCUUCGACGAAUGCCUUCCGGGGCGGCGGUUGGGAGAUCGCCCUGUCAUGUCGAAGCGCCAGCGGCGCACGCAGAGAGCGCUGGAGCGAUCACAGGGCGAGACGGGCUCUCCGGAUGCUGGGUGUAGCAGCGAUGGCAACGAUGGAUGAAAA